ACUAAUAGCUAAACCACUUGGACUAUAAAACACAACAAAUCAUAAACCAAGCAAAAGAGCCGUGCCCUCCCAAUGAGUUCCUAUUUUGUAAACUCAACUUUCCCAGUGACUCUGCCUGGAGGACAGGAGUCGUUCUUGGGACAGAUACCGUUAUAUUCCUCCGGAUACACAGACCCUUUGCGACACUAUCCCGGGGCUGCUUAUGGAGCUACCGGUGUCCAAGAGAAGACCUACCCAUCCUCCUUUUACCAGCAAGCGAAUGGUGCCUACAGUAGGGCAACCGCAGCCGGUCCCUGCGAUUACGCGACCGCAAGCUUCUACAGGGAAAAGGACCCUGCUUGCGCCCUCGCUAGCAUAGAGGAACACUCGCUCGUUCUCAGCCAAGACCACCGCAAGACAGACUGCACGGGGUCGACGGGGAAAAGCAUCUACUCUGAGGUCGACGAACAGAAGCCGUCAGCGCCUGUUUAUCCUUGGAUGCAACGGAUGAACUCGUGUAACGGGACCUUCGGUAACGCUGGACGAAGGGGUCGUCAGACGUACACUCGCUACCAGACGUUAGAAUUGGAGAAAGAGUUCCACUUUAACAGGUAUCUGACCCGAAGGCGCCGAAUUGAGAUUGCGCACGCACUGUGCCUGACAGAACGUCAGAUAAAGAUUUGGUUCCAAAAUCGGCGAAUGAAAUGGAAAAAAGAGAACAAACUGAUCAACUCACAGACCAGCGGCGAAGAGGAGGAGGAGAAGAGGACAGACUGAAAUUAUGAACGAUAAAUCCCAUGAAAAAGAAACUGUCACAGAGGGCAGCAGACACCACUCUCUAAUCACACAAAUGAAGACUUUCCACCAUUUUAGCAACUGUAGCAUUCCUGUUAACUCAUACAUUUAAUUUCUAUUGUGAUUUCUGUUCGCUUUUUUUUUUACAUGUGGUUUUGUGCGCUAUUACCCAGACUUUAGAUUUGCUCUUUUACCUGAAAUUUCCAUGUUGAACAAAGAGAUUUGAAAUCUGUCAUAGUCGUGAUCAUAUUUAAAAUGUGCAAAAAAUAAAGUAAAUUCCCAUUGUUUGCAAAAAAACAAAAAAACAAAAAAUGUUUUUAUUUUUUUUUAUUUUUUUUAUUUUAGACGUUUAGACAGUUUGACUUAAUUUAUAGAGUUUGGGUGGAAAGGGCUGGAGCACUUAAAUAUUCCAGAGAAGCAUGGUAGAGGUAUGUUAGUCUAUACUGGUGCAGUAUUCUAUAUUUUUUUGUACGUGCUUUCUGUUUGUUGUUCAACCCUUCAAUAAAUCUAAAAAAUAAUUCCGACUGUCAUACUGUCUGAAGGCCGUGUUAUAUGAAAUGAUUGAUCCUUAUUGCGGUGUGACACCUGUAUGCUUUCCCUUUUGGCUUUUUAUUUUUUGACAAGAAAUCUAGAUUAAACAAAUUUACGAUAGACCAAUAGGUGAUGAUGUAUCGAGUUUUUUUUUUUUUUUUAGUAGCAUUUAAGUGAUUCUAGUCUACUGGUCAACGCAAUUAACAUCCACACAGCUGCGUAACCAGUAUUAAAUUUUAGUACCUGCCUGAAAAUAUGUAAAUGUUUAAUAUAUUUAUUAUUGUGCAUAUGAUAUUUUGCUACCAAUAGUGGUCAGGCAGGCGACAGUGCCCUCCACAUGAAAUAGGUACACACAAAAGCCAAAUAACCCGUCAGUCAGGGAUCUGGCUUCGUUUUUUGUAUCGCUAAGAGGCCAACAGUUACCCGCUUGGUUCCAAAAUACGUCCUACAAAGUGAGAGGCGAGAAGGUUCAGCAGGCUUUCAUAGAUAACCAAAAGAGAAAGCUGACCUGUCCGUACUGGUCACUCACCCUGAGAGACUCAAAAGCCUGCAGGGCUAAGAGACUCAAUAGCCCACAUUUCUCAGGUGGCGGCUCCAAAUUGUGUAAAAAGAAAUCCACCUCCAAAACAGGCUCCACAGUUGACAUAAUAUAAAAUAAAUUAAGCAGAUAUUUUUAACAGACAACCAACGUCUUGUGCGACACACAUUAAAUUAUAUUUACAUCCUUAUUAAAACCACGUGUAUAGGUUCAUACAGGACAGGAGCACAGUAUGUCACGCUUCUGCGCAGGGUAGUUAUUGUUAACCUGUUACUCAUUGCUAAAUUCUGCACUUUUCCGCGUAUUAAAGAAUGUCAGUGUGAACACUGAUCUGAUGUAUUUCAACUGUCCUUUACCGGUUUUAAUGUAAGCAAAGGGUAUGGAAGUGUGGUACAGAUGUAUGUCACCGUGCACAUACAUGAAAUAGCAAUUGCUUUUUUUGUAAAUAAACCAUAUAUCAUCUUGGAUCAUAUAUCACG